AAGCAAAAAAAAAAAAAACUUCUCUGACCUGGUUUUCCCGCGCCUCCUCUCUGUCUCUCUCUCUCUCUCUCUCUCUCUCCAUAAAUUCCUUUCUUCUCUUCUCUCUCUCUCUCUCUCUACGCCGAUUCCUUGCUUUCACGACCCAUCGCGACCCGUUCAACAUCCAAAUCAUUCAUCAUCCAACCCCCUCUCUCUGUAAUCUGCGAUUCAACUCUUAAUGAUUCUUCAUUAGCACAACCAUGUCGUUCCUCUCUCUCAUCGUCUCCCUCUUCUCUCUCCUCGUCGUGGCACAAUCUCAAUCCCGACCCCCUAGAGGUCUUUUGAUUGACUGCGGCGCCGCCGUUCCUUCUGUCGUCGACGGGCGGAGAUGGCUUCCCGACUCCAUUUUCGUAUCCGCCGGAAUCCCCAAGAACCUAACUGCGUCGGGCCUCUCCCCUAUUCUGUCCACAAUCCGAUCGUUCCCCCUCGCCGGUGCCCCCCGUCAAAAAUUCUGCUACGCAGUUCCGGUGUUUCGCCACAAGAGGUACUUGGUUCGAACCACGUAUUUCUACGGAGGAGUUAACGGCCGAGAUUCGCCGCCGGUGUUUGAUCAGAUUGUGGACGGAACUUUGUGGGGUGUGGUGAACACCACAGAAGAUUAUGCCCAGGGGCUGUCGUCGUACUAUGAGGGGGUUUUUCUGGCGCAAGGAAAGAGAAUGAGCGUGUGCGUUGCAACGAACAGCUAUACGGAUUCAAACCCAUUUAUAUCGGCUUUGGAAUUUGUGCUUUUGGGAGAUUCACUGUACAAUUCGACUGAUUUUACGAAGUACGGUCUAGGCUUGGUUGCGAGGCAUUCUUUUGGAUAUAGCGGAUCGAUCAUACGAUAUCCUGAUGAUCAAUUUGAUCGUUUUUGGGAACCAUUUGAAGAAAAAAAUCAUGCUGCAAAGAAUGCCAGAAAUAUAUCUGUUUCCAAUUUUUGGAAUCUCCCACCUUCGAAGAUAUUUCAAACAGAGCUGUCAAAUGCACAACCGGCGCCCAUGGAGUUUCAGUGGCCUCCGGCUUCCCUGCCAAAUUCUACAUACUACAUUGCCCUAUAUCUUGCAGACAGCAGUAAUUCAUCCUCAGGGGGCUCAAGGGUGUUUGACAUUAGCAUAAAUGGAGUAACAUUUUAUAGCAAUCUAAAUAUAACUCCAGCUGGUGUUUGUGUUUUUUCAACACGAUGGUUUCUUGGUGGGUCUACAAAAAUAACUUUAACUCCUAAGGCUGCAUCGAGCAUUGGUCCUAUUAUCAACGGUGGAGAGAUAUUUGAUGUUCUGACCCUUGGAGGAAGAACUGUUACACGAGAUGUAAUUGCUUUGUUUAAGGUGAAGAGAAGUCUACAAAACCCUCCACCUGAUUGGAAUGGAGAUCCUUGUUUACCCCGUCAGUACUCAUGGACAGGAGUCAUAUGCUUUGAGGGAACUCAAACUCGUGUGGUUUCCUUAAACCUGACGAGUAUGGAUCUUUCUGGAUCACUGUCACCCAGCAUAUCUCGUUUGACUGCAUUAACUGGCAUUUGGCUUGGGAACAACACUUUGUCAGGAUCUAUUCCUGAUCUCAGUCCAUUAAAGAGGCUGGAAAUAUUGCAUUUGGAAGACAAUCAAUUCAGUGGGGAAAUACCCUCAUCGUUGGGUGGCAUUGAGACACUUCGUGAACUAUUCUUACAGGGGAAUAAUUUGACUGGUCAAGUUCCAAACAGCCUUCUAGGGAAAUCUGGACUGGCACUUAAGACUCUUCCUGGGAACAAUUUUUCAUCGCCACCACCAUCCUAAGGCCUAUGCUUCCUGAGGUGACAAGGAGACUGACCUGGCUGCAUCCAUUGUAGAACAUACCUCCGUACACUUUACUUUAAAACACAUUGGCCGAAGGUCUCCACAACCAGCUGUUCAAUUUCCAAUCCCUGUAUAGAAAAUUCUUCCUGCUUCAUUCGUGGUACAACCAAAUACAAGCACCUUGAUGACACCUUGACGCCGUUUUGAUUACCCAGCAUCGUAUACAGAUAUAAGAUCAAUUGUUUAAGCUUUGAAUAUGCUGUUUAAUUGUAUCUCACCAGUCAUUCUUUAUAUAUAUAUACAUACAUAUAUGCUCCUGUUUUGUGUAAGACUAUAGAAUUUGUAAUCUACAUAUUUGAAAUAUGAUAUUGCUUGGUUUUUGUCAA